CAAUGAGAAAACAGUAACCUGUUUCACAAGUCCAGCCCAGAGCACUACAUGAACUAGAGCUCAGAGUAGCGACAGCGAGUUGUAGGAGGAAUAUUAUUACCUCUUUUUUUUUUUUUUAAGGAGCCAAGUUCCGAGUUUCCAUCUCUGGCUGACUUUUUAACCUCGGUUCCCUAAGGGAAGUUGUUCUUUGCCUAUAGUAAUGCUGUUUAAGAACUUGUGACAUCUUUGCAAAGUCUGAAAGGACUCAUUUGCCCAAUCCAGACUCAUCUACUCAGAGUAUAUUGCUUGGAUUUCUAGAGAAGAUUUUUUAAAAGUACGUUGAGCCAUGCUCAGUUGGAAUGAUGAUAUCAGCAUGCCAAAAAGAAUGAAAUCUCCAGAGGAGAUGCAGUUGGAUCCUCCUCCAAGGGAACCAUCUCCAAGGCGUAAGAUCCUCAUGGACGCCUCGAGUAAAAACCCCACACUCAGCCCUGGGAGCAACGUCAGCGAUGAAGCAGCAACUGUCCGGAAGCAGAAACUGGAAUUCCAGCGCCGAAUCAUUGAAAAGAAGCAACGCCGCAAGCGCCAGGAGCCUCUCAUGGUGCAGGCCAACACGGACUCUAAGAUGAAGGGGCGCCGUGGGAGGCGCAAGCCCGAAGAACGCACCCCACUCAUGGAGUCUUGUAGUGAGCACAGUCUGUGCAAUGGUACCAACAACCCCUUCCUUGUGGAAUCAGUCCCAGAGGCCCACCUUGCCGCUGACAUGUGGGGCAGCUCAGUGCAAAUGAAUCGGACUCACAACGGCCAAGGAGAAAGCCAGGCAGCCUGUCCAGAUUUCCCAGAUGAAGCAGAGCUGGAGGUGGCGGUUUUGGAAGAAACCCAGCCUGUCAACAAGAAUGAGUUGGUGCCCAAAAAUGGCUGGCAGGCCAAGCAGAGAGAAGGGCGACCCAAGGUCCAGCGGCAUGGCCAGGCUUCCAAAUUAACGAAGGAAGCCCUGUCUCCAAGGCAGAAGGUCCCGUCUAUCAUUGUGGAUAUGGAAGCUCAUUUAGUUUUCAAGAAUGAUCCCCAAAAAGAAGGCCUGGAGCCUGCAGAAUCCUUAGAUGCCACUGGUGAAAUAUGUAAUGUCCAGAGACUCCACAGUGACUCUGAAAGCGAGGGGGAAUCAUCCCAGGAACUGACUGUACCACCCUUGCCAGAGAAGAAGCCCCGUGACAGGAUGCUUGUGCGCAGAGGGUCUCUCACCAAUGGAAGGAGAAGCCUGACUGAAGAUGAGGGGGAUGACGAUGAGGAUGAAGACGAAGACCUCAAAGAGGAGGACGAAGACAGCCUCAGUAGGGUCAUGUACCACCGGGGGGAGAUUGACUUGGACAGUCAGCCUCCAAGUGGGGAAUCCUGCACCCCACUGACCCUCAAGGUGGACGACAUAGAGGCAUUUGUACUAACUCCUGCUCCUCAGGGCAAUACGAUCCAGUGUCGUAUCACACGGGACCGGAAAGGAAUGGACAAGGGCAUCUUUCCCUUGUACUACCUUCAUCUUGAGAUGGCAAAUGGAAAGAAGCGUUUCCUCAUGUCUGGCCGGAAGAGGAAAAAAAGCAAGACCUCAAAUUACCUCAUUUCUCUGGACCCAGUUGAUUUAUCACGGGAUGGAGACGGCUUCAUGGGAAAAGUCAGAUCCAAUGUGCUAGGAACCAAGUUUACUGUGUUUGACAAGGGGAUCAACCCAGAGAAGAAACCUUUUGUUCCAGAAACGGCCAAGCUACGUCAAGAGCUGGUUGCCAUUUGCUAUGAGACCAACGUCUUGGGAUUCAAGGGUCCACGAAAAAUGACGGUGAUAAUCCCCGGGAUGAAUGCAGACAAUGAAAGAAUCUGUAUCCGGCCUAAAAACGAACAUGAGACUUUACUGACGCGGUACCAGAACCAGAAUCUGCAGAACCUGAUCAUACUCCAAAACAAGAUGCCGGCCUGGAAUGAGGAGUCUCAGUCCUACGUGCUCAACUUCCAUGGGCGUGUCACGCAGGCCUCCGUCAAGAACUUCCAAAUCAUUUCAGAGGAGGACCCUGAAUAUAUUGUGCUACAGUUUGGUCGUGUAGCACCUGAUGUGUUCACCAUGGAUUACCGCUUCCCGCUCUGUGCGCUUCAAGCCUUCGCCAUCUGUCUGUCCAGCUUUGAUGGGAAACUUGCUUGUGAGUAGAGGGCCAGCGCAUCAAGCACCUGACCUCCAACCCCUGUGGCUUUGCUCCAGAUUGCUUCCUGCUGCCUCGUAAAACUGGACAUCCUUUUCACUUACGGUGUUGCCCCCCUCCACCCUUUAAAUUCCAACCUUCCCAUCUUUGUCUUGCUGUGCUCCCACAUGACCUGUUAUUUUCAAACUUACAUAUGGUUUUGUUUUUCUUGUUCCUAUUUGAAUUCUAACAACACUUUUCCAGUCAAGGUACUUAUUUUCUGAAUUUCCUAUAACUUAUGACCUCUCCUUUUUUUUUGACUUAGUUCUUCUUUACAGUGGUUUUGACUUUCCCCCAUACAACCCAAUUGCUGACUUGAGCAACUUAACCUUUGAACUUCAUUCCUUUGAUCUGGACUUGUUAGCCCCUAACUCCUUUCCUCCCACCAAAAUUUCCCCAAACUGUCUCAACAAUGCCCACCUACACAGGAAAUAGACCACCUUGCCAGAUGUGGAUUACAGAAGAAACAGCAAAUACUGAAGAAACAGCAAAUUCUGCCAGCUCCAUGAAUUAAGAGCAAGGGAAGGGGCAGCCAUGUUGUUAUGGUGGACUGAAGAUGCAACCCCACCCAUCUUCCCUUCUCUAUCAAAUUGGGUAAAAGAUUGGAAAUAAAAUUUACCCAGAGAUCA